GAGGAGUACCAAAGGGCCUAACCACCGCCACAAACCAUAAGAUUCUCUCCCUCUCUCUCUCUCUAUCUCUCUCUCACUCACUCACUGCUUCUUAUACUGUAACUCGCUUUCGCCUGACUCACUGAGUCAUGGCACUCCUGAGUCCGCAGCUACAGCGAUUCAUCUCUACGAGUCUCUGCCGCCAUGACGCCUCUUCCUGCCGAACCUCCGCCUCCGCGGGCGCCGCCGUCAACAGAGGAGGCGGUGGUGGUGUGGUCUCGGUGGCUCAUGCUCGGCACCGGUGCUCUGCCAUCGCGAUCGAAGCUCCAUCGUCGAUGACGGAUGUGGCUCCGAUCCGAUUCGGGUAUACGAGCUUGCAAGGACCUCGAGAGGAGAUGGAGGAUGCGAUCGUCAUCCGGUCAGACGGCCUCGAUGGGUUCUCCUUCGCCGCCGUUUUCGACGGCCACGCCGGCUCCUCGUCCGUCAGAUUUCUCAGUGAAGAGCUUUACAAGGAGUGUGUCGGGCAAUUGCAAGGUGGGUCGUUGUUGAGUGGAGGUGAUUUCACGGCGAUCAAGGAGGCUUUGCUGAAGGCUUUUGAAAAUGUGGAUCAAAAUUUGCUGAAAUGGCUUGAAGCAAACGGCGAAGAAGAUGAAUCUGGGUCAACGGCCACUGUUUUGUUCAUCAGAAACGGCAUAUCCUUCAUUUCACACAUCGGUGAUUCCUGCGUGGUUCUGUCUCGAUCUGGACAAGCUGAAGAGUUGAUUGAUUCGCAUCGUCCAUUUGGAAGCAGUAAGGCCUCUCUUCAGGAAAUUAGAAGAAUCAGAGAAGCAGGUGGAUGGAUUGUCAAUGGGAGGAUUUGCGGAGAUAUAGCUGUUUCCCGUGCGUUUGGUGACAUUCGGUUCAAGACAAAGAAAUACGAGAUGCUGCAGAAGGGCGUUGAAGAAGGGAGAUGGUCUGAAAAAUUCGUUUCCAGAAUACGGUUUAAAGGGGAUUUGGUCAUUGCAACUCCAGAGAUAUACCAAGUACCCCUCGCAUCGGACGUGGAAUUCGUUGUCUUAGCUUCUGAUGGAUUGUGGGACUACAUGAAUAGGUUUCCUUUUCUUGUGUCUCUUUCCCUCCCGAUUAAUCCGUUAUCUGCAUUUGAAUCUCAAAUCUGUGUUUCCCGUUUCAGUUCAGACGUGGUCAAGUACGUAAGAGAUCAACUCCGGAAACAUGGGAAUGUCCAGCUUGCUUGUGAAGCUCUUGCACAAGCGGCCCUGGACCAACGCUCACAGGACAACAUCAGCAUUAUCAUUGCCGAUAUAGGGCGGACAGACUGGAGAAACCUCCCGGUGCAGAAGCCAAACACGGUGCUUGAACUGGUUCAAGCCCUAGCUACCAUCGGUAUAGUUUCUUUCGGUAUAUGGAUGUCAUCCUACCUGUCUUUGUGAAGAAAUUGGCCGUAGCUCAAUCGUAGUGUACGUACGUAUAUAGUUAUACAUGAAAGAUGAUAACAUGUUCAUGCCAUCUUUUACAGAUUAUUGAACUUGUAUGUAUAGUCAUAUCAUUACGCGUAUAUCAUGUGGUGGAGGUUGCUUCUUCUUCUCAA